GAUCCGUUCGUAGAAAAUCCCCGGGACUCAGUAUGGCUCAAGGGUGACUCCGGUAGGCCACGCAAACAAGCUUCGCAUCACCGAUACGGAGACUAGCCAUUGCGCUAUUUCUCAACAGUCAGCAUUUGCACGGUGUAUCGCGCCAAUUGGCCAGUGCCAACUUUGCGGCUGCUCCCCGUCUCCGGUGUUUUCGUGCAUGGAGAAUGGAAAAAUUGAAUCAUCUUGAAAAUAUAUGCAGGGUGGGUGGGUGUAUGAAGAGCAGUAUAAAUAUGCACCAGGAGAACAUUUAAACAGAAUCUGAAUUUGCACUAAAAAUCAAAGCCAUGUUGAGAGUUACAAGUUCAAGAGCCACUAAAGGACUGCAAUUCUCGAAAGUCGCCUUCUUUGUCGCCAAGAGACAGGAGUCUGCUUGGGCCUCAGUCCAGGCUGCUCCAGCCGAUAAAAUUCUCGGUCUGACUGUGCUGUACAACAACGACACCAACCCAUCCAAGAUCAAUCUUGGUGUUGGGGCUUAUAGAGACAAUGAUGGAAAGCCAUGGAUUUUGCCCUCUGUGAAAGCUGCAGAGCAGGUUUUGGCUAAAACCGAAACCAAUAAGGAGUACGUCCCAAUCGUUGGAUCGCCGAAAUUCAACGAGCUCAUCAAGAAAAUGCUCUACAGCCACGACGAGGCCGGUAAGAAGCUUCUCGAGGACGGCCGCGUUCUCACUGCCCAAGGAAUCUCCGGUACCGGUUCUCUAAGAGUUUUGGGAGAGUUUGUGAGAACAUUCUAUCCAAAGUCGAACAAAGUUCUUGUUCCAAACCCAACUUGGGCCAACCAUGUCGCCAUUCUCGAAAAAGCUGGUCUUACCACCGGCAAAUACAGUUACUACGACUACAAGACUAACGCAUUGGACGAAGCUGGAUUGUUGAACGAUCUGGCUUCUGCAGAGCCGGGCACCGUUAUUCUUCUGCACGCAUGCUGCCACAACCCUACUGGUGUCGACCCGGAGUUGGAGCAGUGGGAUAAGAUACUGGACGUUGUUUCUCAGAAACAGCUUUUGCCAAUUCUGGACAUGGCCUACCAGGGCUUCAGAUCUGGCUCUCCAAUCGACGACUUGGCCAUUCUGUUCAAGUUCAACAAGGCGGUUGUUGAUGGCAAGCUCUCCAACUUCCUUCUUUCGCAAUCGUUUGCUAAGAACAUGGGUCUCUACGGUGAAAGAGUCGGCUCGCUCUCUAUCAUCACUGCUGGUCCAGAAGAAACCACUAGAGUGAAGUCACAAUUGGAGAAGGUCAUCAGACCGCUCUAUUCGUCUCCCCCAUCUCAUGGCUCCAAGCUAGUCGAGAUCAUCCUUUCUGACGACACAAUUUACCAACAAUGGCUGGAGGACGUGAGGGUGAUGUCUGACAGACUCGUUGAGAUGAGAAAACUGCUGCACGACAAACUGAAGAACACUUACAAGAACCCAUUGAACUGGGACCAUCUCUUGAACCAAAAGGGAAUGUUCUGUUACACUGGCUUGAAGGAGGACCAGGUUAAGAAACUGAUUGACAAGUCGGUCUACCUGACUUCCGAUGGAAGAAUCUCCAUUGCCGGUAUCUACCCUGCUAAUGUCGACAACCUGGCCAAGGCGAUUCACGAGGUCACCACCAACUAAAUAAAUACUCUUAUAAUUAUAAGUAUUCUGAUC